AUGCGCUUGCUUUUGCCUACACUACAAGGAUCAUAUCUCGGCUUACUAGCAUUUCUGGCUACUCUUCCCCUCGGUCAUGCCUCUCCCACGGAACCUAUAUUCACAGACUGCUUCGCCGGAAACGAUUCGUUGAAGCUGUCUGUAUCAACCGUAUACGCGCAAAUAUCCGAUAACAGCGCACUGGGUCACCAUCUGAACUUGACCGUCAUCGGAGAAACUCCGCAAAGCAUCAUUGGCCUGGCAAAUGGCAGUCAAGCUCUCGCGACCCUGUUUACAACGACUGAUGUCCUGACAUUCAAUGUCUGGACCAACAACUCGUACUUCUGCUCAAGCCUACGUCCUCCAUCCCCGCUCUCAUCCACCAUCAAUCAAACCGAUUAUUGUAUACCUGCUGGCCCCUUUGCAUUCUCAUCGGCCAUCCCGCUAAACGGUUCGAACCAACUGUUGACUCUACAGACACGCUUGAGAGCGGUCGACUCCUUGGGGAGCGAACUACUGUGUGUGGAUGUGGACACGACCCCGCUACAGUCUCGGGAGCUCGAUAGCGCAUAUGGUCUCGCCGGCAUCAUCCUCUGGGCCUCUAUCGCUCUCGCAGUAGCGUACUGGUCAAUCGUCGCGCUUGCUCGCCUUUCCUCUGCUUGGGGGAGGCGUGCGGGAUGGUCGGGUCGCGGCACUUGGGCGCGAGUCGAAACGUUGGGAUUCGUGGUCGCAAGUGCCGUGAGCGGCGAAGCGUUCGCGAAAACCCCCGCUCUUCUCCGCUUUGUCACCCCUUCGAUGCGCGACAUCUUCUUUCAUACACAAUGGUGUGCGGCGGUGGGCAUGGUGGCGGUACAAUGGCCCCAGUUUGUUUAUCCCUUACUUGUUCAAGCACGGUGGGCCACGUUAUCGUAUAACAUCACCAUCGCCCAACCCGCUUGGCGUCACUGGGACCCCAUCACAGCUCCCACGUACACCCCGCCGUCCAACUUCGCCGACCAAUUGGGGGACCAAAGCUCUCCUCUUUACAUUGAUGCCGAUAUCUCCAAUUCGAUCUAUACUUUGCCUAGCAACACCACGGACGGAAUAGCUUCAUGGGCAUACACCGCAGGUCUUUUCCCCCAAGACCUGUUCAGCAUAUGCAUGUGCCUUUUCCUCGGCAUUGUCGGUGGCACGAUACUCUUCAGCCUAUUCCUCUGGAUAAUCGACGGAUCGGCUUCUUUCUUACGGAGCACGAUGGAAGGACGUCCAACCGCAGCAUACGAUUUCAAGAGCCCUCGAUACUCAGCUACUAGCAAAGAUGUGCUUGACUCGUCAAUGCCGCCGAACGAGCUCCCUGAGGACACGAAGUCUGCCAGCAGUCAUUUCGCUCUACGAUCCACUCCUAGGGCCGUUGCGAUCCCGACCCGGCGUCGUUGGUCGCGGUUGUGGUUAGACUUCUUCAGCUCUUUCCACUUCAGUGUCCUGCAUGGCAACCUUGUUCGCGUGCUCAUGCUCUUCCAUCUUCCAAUCACCAUCUUUUCGUCUUACCAGAUGACAAUGGACCGGUCGACGACAUCGAUGACGAGCAUCGCUCUUGCCGGUCUCAGUUUCGCCGCCUUUUCAAUCAUCAUUCCGGUAUGCCUUGUCAUACGCCUUUGGUUCACCUCGACGAACAAGCUUUACGAUGAAACCCGAACACUCCUUUCGCUGGGACCUCUCUACAACCACUACCGCCAUGGUUCCCAGCUCUAUGCUAGUCUCUUCUUUAUCACGAACUUCGCACUUGGCGUUACGAUUGGAUGCGGCCAGAAAAGCGGCACAGCGCAAGCGAUUGUGAUACUUGUCGUUGAGGUCUUCUCCGCGUUGUUCACCAGUGUCUGGCUGCCCUGGGGUCACGGCGCCAGCAUGGGCCUCAUUAGCUUUCUUUUCUGCGUAGCUCGCAUCGUCAUCGCCGUUCUGCUGGUGACUUUGACACCAACGGUCUCCAUCGGCGGCGAGGCAGGGCAAUGGGUAUCCUAUGUGAUCCUAUUCAUCCUCGGGCUUGUCUAUCUCAGCUUUGUCGUCAUGCUUGCAUGCAAGCUUAUCGAGGCUAUCGUCCGCAUAGUCACGCAGACCGGCUUCAACAGGAGUAGGCACACCGCCGACAGUGGACUAGUGGGCGCCUGUGCUCUCGCUGGUUGUUGCGGAUCGCGCAAGCGGCGGCGGCGUCACCGCUCGAAGCAGUCCGACAUCCCGCUUGCUAUCCCGAGCUCACAAACGUCUUCCGCCGUCCAACGCAAGAACGAAUCUGUCUCUACUCCUGUAGGCGGCCCUCCGUCUGUUCUGCGACCAGAGCAUGCGUUGCGUCCAUACAGGGAAGACACAGACGACGAAAGCGGCUUUAUCAUGAGCUCUUGGCAUAAGCCAGGCUAUGAGGCUGUGCCGAACGACGUGGGCUCACCUCGCGUAGAUUCGCCAACUCCUAAGCCCUCGUCGGGCUUUGCGCGAGUGGGUGGCGGCCGUGCACACUUUGAUACGCCGUACAAUGCUAUCGCCUCCAACAAUCACUCCACCCAAACUUUUCCAUCAGUCGAACCCCCCUCACAGCGUCGCCCUUCAGUGGACUCGACAUUGCCUGCCCCCGCUUUCAUCGACGCCGAGCGUAGCUACAGUAGCUUGCCUCCUGGCGCUAUGGCUCCGCAUGUUCGCACCAAGUCGCAGACCGCGAUCAUCGAGAACGCCGCCGGCGCGGCGCAGCAAGCCGCCCCGAUACGGCGCCAAUCUUUGCAUCCGGAGAUUGUCAGUCCGGAUGAGGACGACGACGAGAUAUCGGACAGUGAGGUGCCGAGGAAGAAGUGGUUCACGGGGUGGAAAUCUCGCCGGUACAGCGACGGGGAUGAGUCCCUGCCCAAUUCGGCGCUGGACGACGUCGAGGGUGGAAGGACAUUUCUCGGCGUACGCACAAGGAAACGCCGGGCCUCGCAGCCUCUCACGACGAGUGUUGAUGAGCCUUCAACGUCGGGUCCGCCGGGCAAGUCUUUCGUCGUCGUAAGGCCCAAGCAAUCAUCCCGUCCGUCUACGGCAGGAGCCGGACCGUCUGGCCCACCGUCAAGCUACAAUCCACCUGCCUGA